AUCGUCGUCAAAGGAGAUGGAGACUCCAACUGCAGCGAGCGGUUGAGAGAAAAGAUGGGGAGGGCAGGUUCAUGGACGGGGUGGACGGGUCGGAAGGUUGGCAGGUCAAAGAGAUUAUCAAAGCUGAUGGUCAAACACUUUCAAGGUCUCAUGGGUGUGGAGGGCGAACAACCUCAAGCAGUCAUUUCAAGACAUAAAUUGAUGUACGGUCUAGGGUUCAUCUUGUUGUGGAUGGGUACUCAAGUGCUCAAGUACGCCAAGCUCCAUUUUUUCUUUUGAGACUUCCUGUCUUCUGGCUGAUUGCUCCUGCAAAUUAUACCUCAGCCUCAUCAUACACCACGAGACUUGCAAAGCACGAGACUUUUGUGAGUGCAAAGUCCUUCUUGAUGUGAUCGCUUCAAAGUGCUUCUCAGAUGGAUUUUCAGAGUGAGCAUGGCUAAGCAGCUAAGCAGGCGAUCAGCACAUGAGUAUAGAUACAGUACUGAUACUGAUACAGUACAUGUUCUGACCAAAAAGAUAGUUGAGUAUCAGGGCUGCUUUGCCUUUCCACUGUCGGAGAUCGAACCUCACACCUAAAAUUUUCAGUGUUCAAGUGCCUUUCCACUCAGACCUGCCCUGUUCCGUGGACGCUCCGCAGGGAGAGCUGCUGACACUGUGGAAACUCCAACAGGCCGCGAGCAGCCGGAGCAGCCCCGCCUCGCCCUGGACGACUCCGGAGCCCCCCAAGAGCGCCAGACAUACGCCGCAGUCGGCGGAACCGGGCGGAACCGGUUCUGGCGUCGUGACGACGCAGGCGGCCGUCCCGCGUCCCGGCACGCGAUGAGUGGUCUCAGGCCGAGCGUGGGCGGCGAAAGCGGGAGCUGCGUGGGGCGCCCUUGGACUCGGUUUGAAGUGACGUCGGGUAACCUGCGAAAGGAGUGGAGAGAGGUGAAGCUGAAGCAAAGCGAAGUGGAUUCAACUGGGAAACGAGAGGCGAGCGUCUUUGAGAAAGACCUGGUGUUCAACUAUGAGGUGGUCAAGGAGGUGAUGAUGUCCAUCCCCCACACGUGUUGCCACAAGGGAUCCCGGAACGAGCUUCACAAGUGGCACUGCAUGGGUGAGGCAAGUGGCAAGUGGUUUCUACCUAGCAAGCUGGUGGCAGAACGGAUGGCCACCUGUUGUGCCGCGCCGUGUGGCAGUGAAGCCCGUCGUUGGCGAGAAAACCACGACUUGAGCGGGGUCCAGCAGGGAUUUGUGAUUUCGGAGUUCAGGAACUACUUCCGGAGUUUGGGGGCGUCAUGGGGCACACCGGGGAUUUUCACAGAGCUCAGGAACUACUCGAAUUUGGACACCUUUGUGGCUUCACUCGCAGCAGUUCAGGUGGACCAGGGGGAAGUUCAAGAGUUCCCGGUGAUUCCGUUUGGGGCAAUUCACCGAAAUCAGCUGGGUUGGGCAAUUCACCGAAGUCAGCUGGGCGACCUUUCGCUGUCCGAGGAGGAUGAUGAGGAUCUGGAGGAGGAGCGCGACCCCGAGAAGCUCAGCUUGUGCUUUCGUCUCGGGCUUUUCAUUGGUUACAUCAUCCCCACUUGGGGGCAUUUGAGCCUGGCGAACGUGGGACGCUCCUGGGCCGCCGGCGCCUUUGCUCUUUGGCACUGUUUCCUCUUUCUCAAUAGCACCAUUUUGAUCUUCAUUAACUGCUGCUCUGCAAUCCUCCGAUGCUACAUCCAAUGGUUUUCAGAGAUGCACGAUGGCUACAACCCCUUCAGCAGUAAGGACCGUGAGGCAGAGGGCCACUUAGGUCAAGGCAGCUGGCACGUCAUUACACACUUCUUUGGCGCCUUUUUCAGGUCUUACAUCCUGAUGAGCGUCACGGGGGAUGUCAUGCGCUUCACUUACCUCUUGUGCGUGGAUGCCUGGAGGCCCGACGCCUUCGAGGCUUAUCGCCGGCUUUGGGUGGGUGACGCAUGGAAGGAGUUGGCCAUCGGACAGUUGUACAUUCAGAGUUGGUCCGUUUGCCUCAACAAGUGCCAGAAGGCCAUGGAUAUCAUCGUGCAAGUGUUUCUCUACGUGAGUCUGGACUUGGUACCAAUCCUUUUGUUCAUCUUGGUCUACGACACUCCCAUGCACGGGAGCGUGGUGUGCGAGGUGUGUAUGGCGAUUGGUUGCUUUCAUAUCUUCUGCUUCUACUUCCUCUUCAUCUUUGGGGAAGCGUGGCUCAAGAUCUCCCGCUUUCGCUGGGCCUGGCGUGCGGCCAAGGACCGUGUGACCUUCGCACGUUCGGGAAGCUCAGGUAUCCACAUCGAGACGGAGACGGUGUGGAUGACAGGUGAUGGAACGCAGUUCCUUUCCAUGGAGGCGGAAGCACGAUCCUUAUGUGUCUUGUGCUGCACGAUCUUCCACUGGUUAGAAUAUCUGUUACCUGUUGCCUUGGCCUUGGUAACCUGUGUGCUGGGUUUGGUGCUGGAUCGCUACUAUCUCACCGAAGUAGGCGCCGUCGCAGCAUCCAUGCUCUUCUUUGUGAUGUUGGGGACCCACGAGGCCCUGGAUCAUGUGGCGAACCAGCAGAAGUGCACGCCGCUCUGGAUCCGGCACAUGUUCCGCCAGCCGGAGAUCCUCCAGCGUUGGGGUGAGCGUUGGUGCCGACUUGGAUUCAGCGUGCAGAAGCGGCAGAGGUAUCCCUUCGCAGUGUCAUUGGGCUUCACCGCCUUGGUCUUCGGAGGCUUCAAGCUGAUGAUGCUCACUUACUCCUGCAUGGGUCUGAUGCUGUUCCUUUGCUUGCGGCUCUUAUGGAUGCGCGUGGAGGGCGCCGGCGGCUGGUUCUGGGCCUUCCUGGAGUCAUUCAUUGAGUUUAUCCUCUUGAACGUGCUCAUCAUAACGACCACGCGGAAUGCCAUGAGAGAUGGGGCCGUGGUGUUACUUCUCUGUGUCAUGAGACAGUUUGGCUACCAACGGGAGAUCAACUCCGGUGAACGCGUCCGCUUGGCGAGCAUGAUCGUCUUGGGCUCGGUGCAAGUGUUGCUGCUGACCUUGGUGUGCUUCGCUUUAGACAGCGCGUCGGAUGACAAGUGGAGCCAGUUUGGGCCCUACAUGGGCUCCAAGGCUUGGUACAACAUUUCCAGCCUCACUCCGGUCCAGGAGGAGCUGGCCGACACCUUACCGAUGUGCUUGGUCCGCUUCCCACGAGGGAUGCCACACUCAGCCAAACUGGACUUCAACCAUUCCCUCAGCUUGGCGGACUUUGGACUGAUGGCGUCUUUGACCUACGAGCCUCAGAACCGCGUGGCGGAGGGCUGCGCUCAUUACUUCCCCGAGUGGCACAUGGAGCCACGACCACCGAGCGUCCUGGAUGAGGACUGGGUUCGCUUCGUGAUGUUCACCUCAGACACCAACAGCACCACCGUGAUUGCGGUGCGGGGCACGUUGACCGCCUUAGACGUGUUGCAUGACGUGACCCUCUGGUUGGUGCCAGCGGUGCUGCAGUUAUUCAACUACAUUGGCCCGGAUGUCGCAGAUGGUUCUUGGGGCAUCUCCAUGUCGAGGCUUUCACAGCUGAUCCCUUUGGCGCCGAUCCGAAAGCAGACCACGUACGACUCAGUCUUUCUGGCGGUCGAGUACAUGCUGGAGCACUACCCCAAUAGGCUCUACUACCUCACCGGACACUCCCUGGGCGGCGGCAUCGCCAAGCUUGUGGAGUUGCAAUUGAAGACGAGAAUCAAACCUUUGACGGUCGCCUUUGCGGCUCCAGGUGUUGAGCAUGCAGCACGGGUGCUCUUCCCAUCAGGCAUCAGCGAGCUGGGCAACGAGUUGGCCACGCUGACGGUGGAACCCAACAACGACGUGAUCUCGAAGAUCGAUGUGCAGAUUGGGAACACUCUCAAUGCUCCCUGCGACGGCCGCGCUUUGACGUGUCACAGCAUCUACAGGACCUUAUGGGGCAUUUUUCAGAAGUGUGGCUCGAUGACGCGCAGGGAGUUGAGGAUCCCUUGCGGAUGGUCACCUGAAGCACCGUGUUGA